UCUAGCCUGUGUGUGAGCUGGGAGCUCUGCUGCCGCCGCCGCCGCCGCCGCUGCCCUUUGAUCCCUGCAUUAGUGUUAGUUAGGGGCUUGGAGACACACAGAGAGCAGCCAUAGACACCGCCGCACCAGCCCUCAUUAUUGACACCGCACAUAGCACACACUCACUCUCACACAGAUUAGAGCCUUCCCAUUGAAGAAUAUUGCGACCGGGGACAAGCCAGGUGCACGACCGGGGGAGGGGGUGUGGGGGGACGAAAGAAAGAAAAGGGGGGAAGCAAAAGAAACCCCCUUCUUGUUGGCUCCAGGAAAACCAGCUUCAAUCCCGUUACCCAGCAGAAGAGGAAACCCCCCGCUGCCGGCCGGCCCCGGCCCCCGCUUUUUGCCUGUCUUUGCCCCCCUUUGGUUUUAUUUGAUCUCCCAUUAAACCAAGGAAGAGAAUGUGAAAAAAGGGGGAAAAUGCCCAGGAGGAAGCAGGAGCAGCCCAAGCGCCUCUCUUCACAUGGUACUCGACAGGAAGAAGUGGAAGGUGAACUUAGUGAAGAAGAGCACUGGUUUGGAAACUCUUCGGAGACUCCAUCGGAAGCAUCAUAUGGAGAAGUACAGGAAAACUUCAAGUUAUCUCUUGAGGAUAGAAUCCAAGAACAGUCUACUUCCCCAGAUACUUCUUUGGGAAGUGCAACUCCUAGCAGCAACACGCUGGAGCUGGUAGCUAUUGACAAUGAAGCUUUAAGAGAGACAUUACAGAGCAAAGAACACCUUUCUUCUGACGUGUCAUCUUUGUGUGAAGAUGAACCUCCUGGUCCAAAUAAGCCACUGAGUAGUAACCUGAGAAGGCUUUUGGAAGCUGGUUCUCUCAAGCUGGAUGCUGCUGUCACAGUCAAUGGCAAGGUCGAGUCCCCUGUAAAUGUUGGUUCAAAUCUUUCCUUUUCCCCACCUACUCAUCAUGCCCAGCAGCUAAGUGUUCUUGCCAGGAAGCUUGCUGAGAAACAGGAACCAAAUGACCAGUACAAUGCAAGUAAUCGAUUCAUAUGGAAUCAAGGUAAGUGGUUGCCAAACUCAACCACCACCUGUGGUUUGUCCCCAGAUUCAGCUAUUCUGAAAUUGAAAGCCGCAGCCAAUGCAGUUCUUCAGGACAAAUCAGUUUCAAGGACUGAAGAUACUAUAAGAUUUGAAUCUUUUUCUUCACCUUUUAGUUCCCAGUCUGCCAGCUCCACCUUAGCGGCUUUAUCAAAGAAAGUUAGUGAAAGAAGCAUGACUCCUGGGCAGGACCACCCACCUCCAGCCAGUUCUUUCCUUUCCUUGGCUUCAAUGACCUCCUCAGCUGCCCUACUCAAGGAGGUGGCUGCAAGGGCUGCAGGCAGCCUGUUGGCGGAGAAGAAAAAGUCAGUAGUUGCAGAGGAUCCUCUGCAGCUUUCAGAGAUGAAGCAAGAGAAAGUAACUCCACCACAGUCUUUGGAAUUAUUGUUACUUCCAGUCCCUAAAGGAAGAAUUUCUAAACCCACUAAUACAGCUCCAGAAGAAGAAGGAGGAAAACCUUUUCAGUGUCCAAUCUGUGGCUUGGUUAUAAAGAGGAAGAGUUACUGGAAGCGACACAUGGUGAUUCAUACAGGUUUAAAAAGUCAUCAGUGCCCACUCUGUCCAUUUCGCUGUGCACGCAAGGACAAUCUCAAAUCACACAUGAAGGUUCAUCAGCACCAGGACAGGGGAGAGACCUUCCAAUGCCAGCUAUGCCCUUUUACCUCCUCACGCCACUUCAGCCUGAAACUCCACAUGCGUUGCCAUCAGCACUUCCUCAGGACAGAAGCCAAAGUGAAAGAGGAAAUCCCAGAAACUGAAGUCAAGGGCUCACCACAGCUAAAUAAUGAUUCCUGCCCUGGGCAACAAAGGGAAGGAGGAUCUGAGCUUACAGGAACAGCAUCCAUGUCUAAAACCCUUGAGAUGCCUAUACAGGCCAGUGCUGGUAUCCCACCUUUAGUAGUAAAAGAAGAACCCAAAGAUGACAACAGUAUUUCCUCUACAUCCUUUGCUUUCAGCACUAUUGACAGAGCCACCAACAACACAAAGCUGAAAGACACCUCAGACUAUGUGGCCAAUACAGCGUCAGCAUUAUUUAGCCAGGACAUCUCUGUCAAGAUGGCAUCAGACUUUCUCAUGAAGCUGUCAGCUGCGAAUCAAAAAGAGCUCUUGACUCCUACGUUUAAAGUGAAAGACGAGCCUCGGGAUGAAGAAGCUGCAAGCUCAAUCUUGUCUCAGUCCUGCUAUGUCUUCAACCAGGGAUCUGAAGCCUCAGCCCCAAGCAUCCCUGGGGAGACUGUCAAGCCACAGGAAGUGCAGACAAAUGUGUUAAGGCAGGACAUGUCCGUCAAGGCGGCAUCUGAGCUCCUUAUGAAGCUAUCAGCUCCUCCAGUUCAGUCAGCCUGGCUUCAAGAUCCUAUACUGUGGCUCUGAAGGCCCUGAGUUGCUUGCAUUCAUGAUCAGGUACCUGUUGCAUUCAGUGCAAUUCAGUGGCUAGCUCUCACUCAGCUUUUGGACUUCUGCCUUCAUUCUUUUUACUCUUGCAGGGUUUGGGCAAUUUUUCGGUUGUUUGUUUUUUGUAUUGGUUGGUUGGAGAGGGUAAUUAGCCUAAGUUUAGAGUAAGUUUGUUAGGUGCAUGGAUUUCCUUCUCCCACUUCUCUAACCCCAGUGUUUCUUUACUGGUGCCCUUUAAGUUGCUAGGUUACAGUUAGGGUCUUACC